UGGGCGGAGAGGGGCUUCGGCGGAGGAUGGGCGAGCCUCGGCGGCGGCUGCCGGAUUCCAACGCCCGCUACGGGGAGCGGAGCUUCUGGGAGUCGCGCUAUCGGGACGAGGGAGCCACCCCGGCCGAGUGGUUUGGGGGCCUGGACUCUUUCCGCGAGCAGCUGGAGGCGGAGCUGAGCCCGACCGAUCGCAUCCUGGUGCUGGGUUGUGGGAACAGCGCUUUGAGUUACGACCUAUACCAGCUUGGCUAUGCAGACAUCACCAGCAUUGACUACUCGGAAGCGUGCAUUGCGAGCAUGCAAGACUGCUACGCCUGCUGCCCGGGACUCCACUGGUCGGUGAUGGAUGCCCGGGCCUUGGCUUUCCGGGAUGGAAGCUUUGAUGUGGUCUUGGAGAAAGGCACUCUGGAUUCCCUGAUGGUAGAAGAAACCGAUCCGUGGCAUGUAUCCCGUGAGGCCAGGAUACUCCUGGAACAGGUAUUGGCGGAGGUCAGCAGAGUCUUGCGACCCAAGGGCUGCUUCAUCUCCAUCACGUUUGCCCAGCCCCACUUCCGCAAGCGUCACUACGCUCAGCCCGCCUAUGGCUGGUCCACCCGUCACGUCACAUACGGCAGCGGCUUCCAUUACUUUCUCUACAUCAUGCAGAAGGGAGAGGAGUUGUCCCCGUCUGACCUGGCCCUGGGGCGAAGCCUCCACUCGCCUCUCAGUCCACCAACCCCCACGCGCCACCUUCAGGACACAGAAGGGGAGAACUUCCUCUCCACCAUUGACCUGUGAACCACCGGACCGGAGGGGCUCAGCACCUUUCGAAGGAAAAGGACCAUGUACUGGACGGCUUCCCUUGGACUGCUGGAGCCAAAAUUCCUCUGGGUCGCUCUCAGGGAUUUCUUCCUGCAUAUAUAUAUAUAUAUUUGGGGUGUGUGUGCUUUUUUAAAAUUUCAAAUGCUUUCUCUGCAGUUGGCAACAGGAGUCAAUUCCCCGUGGAACUGGAUGGGAACGUUUUCUGCUGCCAAAUCUGUUUGUAUUGAACAUUUUUCCUCUAAAGCCUCUCUCCCAGCUGAUAUGUGGAAAGGGAGUGGGGUGUCAGAGGUUUUUAAAAAUCUUUUGGCUGUGCCAUAAUCUUUUGUUUUUGUCUGGUGUAGUGGUUAAGAGCGGCAGGACUCUGAUCUGGAGAACCAGGUUUGAUUCCCCACUUGAAGCCAGCUGGGUGACCUUGGCUUAGUCACAGCUCUUUCAGAGCUCUCUCAGCCCCACCCACUUCACAGGGUAAUUGGGGAUAGUAGUAACGUACUUUGUAAACCGCUCUGAGUGUAGCAUUAAAUUGUCCUAAAGGGCGGUAUAUAAAUCAAAUGUUGUUGUUGUUAACAUUUUUAGUCUCCUCCAGUUAUAUUGGAGUGGUCCAAUCUGGGCUGUAACUUCUCAACAGUCUUUGGAAAGGAGAGGAACCUCCCUAAAGCUCCAGAUUCUGGGCUUGGUCCCCCUGACAUCUCAUGACCCUUGGGGUUUUUUAUCAUGCUCCUUUUUGUUUCUUAAUAAAGCACAGC